ACUACAAAUCCCAAAAUAACAUAGCAUUCAGCCAUGGCAGCUAAAGCAGUGUCAAACAGCACAGGUGCAGUCUAAGCAUUGUAUAUAAGGUUCUAGACAAGUUUUUUCAUCAUUAUCUUCUUCUGCCAUUCAUUUAAUUUUCUGGUGGCUCCAGGUGGCAAUAUUCUCUUCUCUCAACCCUUUCAUAUUUUCUCAGUGCUGCUUCCAUCCUUUUCUUACUGGGAAUGGAAUAGUUGCACAAUGCUGUGCUAAUGUGAGGAGCCCUCCAUGUUCAACUCCUCUUUAAAUGGAGUUGGAACAGGAGGAUCCAUCAGCAGGUUGUGUCAGACAGCAAAAUGUGUUGGGCUGGCUCUGAUAUAAGCAAACAUUACCAAUCUUGACAAUGAUAGUCAUAGCAAAUUUAUUUGUACUAUAGAUGAUUACACACUAUAAAUGUUCAAUUAAUGUUUGAUAUAUUGUAUUGCAAUGUAUUGUAAAGACUAUAUUGUAAAUGCCUAUUGUUAAUCUCUCCUAGAUGAAUUACCAUGUUUAAAACAGGAACUUUUUUGCAUUGCCAUUUGAAGAUCUGUAAGAAAUGAGAUCUCUACCUCUACCUCAUUUUUUCUACUUGUGCCAUUUCCUGGCCAGGCAGUGAUGCUACUGAUGUACAAUAAACCUACUGUUCUGCUUUGACUACCUCUUGAGUUGCUGCUGAAAUGCUCUGGGAUUCAACUGCUGGGAACUGAUCAGAUAACUUACAGUUACUGGGGAUUCCUGUUUCUGGAGAAGAGCCAGGCAUGUCAGUCACGCAGCUGGGACCAAGUUGCCACCAGCACAAGCAGCUUCUGUACCUAGUUGUGCAGAGGAUGAAGAGAGCCUGACCAUGGGUGAAGUGCAGAAGGGACUUCUCUCAGUCAUCCAAAAACUCAAAGGCUCUGAAGAACAGGAAUUGAGGAUUGUUCUGCUAGGCCUGGAUAAUGCUGGAAAGACCACAUUGCUAAAGCGCCUGGCAUCAGAGGAAGUCAAUACCAUCACCCCCACACAGGGAUUCAACAUUAAGAGUGUCCACUCUCAUGGCUUUAAGCUUAAUGUGUGGGAUAUUGGAGGACAACGGGCCAUUCGGACCUACUGGAAGAAGUAUCUGGGCAACACAGACAUGCUGAUUUAUGUUAUUGACAGUGCUGACCAGAAACGCUUUGAAGAGACUGGGCAGGAAUUGUCCGAACUGGUGGAAGAGGAGAAUCUUACUGGUGUCCCUUUACUAGUGUUUGCUAACAAGCAAGAUCUAGCAACAGCAUCCCCUGCAGCAGAGAUUGCUGAAGGGCUGAACCUGCACACGUAUCGAGACCGACCAUGGCAAAUCCAGGCUUGCUCAGCCUUAUCUGGUGAAGGAGUUCAGGAUGGAAUGAAUUGGAUUUGCAGCCAGAUCACAAGUCGAAAGAAAUGAUAGUACUGAUGAACACAGAAAUGGAAUUUCCUCUCUACAGAAUUCCCAGAGGCCACAGACUCAGUCCAAAAGGCUCACAGCAGAAGGUGCCAUCAGGACCUUACCCAAAAUUUCAAAAUGAGAAAGGAAGUUGCUCUAACAUAUUUCCCUGAGCAGUCCGACUGAUCAACAAACAACCAUUUUAUGUAAGCGACACUAAAUUGGAAAGCUAUGCUACAAGUCUGGGAAUCAUCUAACAGCUGUAACAGUGCAGAUUCCAUCCAUGAAGCAGUUUCUAAAAUCUCAAUAGCAACUGCAAGCAUUAAAUUAAUAUUGUUACUGUAGGUAUACUGUUCAAUCUAAAAAUUAGCUUAACAUUAUGAUCUCACUAAUCAACAUAUUAGAUAUGAUGUCUGUGCUUUCAUGUAUGCUUUUAUAUACCAUUUGCAUUUUCAAAGCAAUUUCUGGUCUUCUGGGAUGCAGUUUUAAAGCUUCCAGUCCAUAU